UAACCAGUCAGAAGGUGAAUGUGCUUAAGCCGGGGCGUCGCCGCUUGUGGCUCGGUGAUGGAACAAUAGAAACAAUAAAAAAAUCUGCACGUUGAUUCAAAAGUAUAGCGCUGGCGCUUUUUUCUUGUGUAUUUUAUAUGUCGUGAAUAAAGUUUUAUUUUAAUUAAUGUUAGUAUUUUAAAUUAUUGAAAUAAAAGUUUAUUAAAAAACAAACGUGUACACGAAAUGCCGAGCAGCACCUCGUUGCUGGUGGCGGAUGAUCAGAACUCGGAGCUGUCGCUGGACCAAGAGGGAAUAUGUGAACGGUUGGCCGGGCUGGGCCUCGAUGGUCACGGCCUGUCCUCUCAUUCGGAAGCGCAGGAAACAAAUGUGAAGGUACAGCCGAGGUUGUUGGGUCCCGUUUUACCAGACUUGGAAAUUGCAGACCACGCAAUUGCGCCUGACGGGGAGGAAGAUGAAGAUCACUCAUUACUUCUGUCACAGGCCCAGAUCCCCGGGUUGGGUCCUAUGUUAUUGCCGACAGCUUUCGAAUCAUCAGACCCAAAUGUGUUGUAUAGCGAAGAUCCGCAGGGAGUGAUGGCUAUACUUUCUCAUUCCACAUAUGGGAGUGGGGUGAAUGGCGAGCAGUCUGCUUUGCUCCGGAAGAAGAGUGUCAACACCACAGAGUGUGUGCCUGUUCCAAGUUCGGAGCAUGUCGCGGAGAUCGUUGGCAGACAGGGCUGCAAGAUAAAGGCACUGAGAGCAAAAACAAACACCUACAUCAAAACUCCUGUUCGUGGGGAACAGCCUGUCUUUGUUGUUACUGGAAGAAAAGAAGAUGUUGGUAUGGCAAAGCGAGAGAUUCUUUCAGCUGCUGAACAUUUUUCUAUGAUUCGGGCAUCUCGUAAUAAAAAUGGACCUUCUUUGUCUGGAUUAACAUGCACACCCAACUUGCCAGGUCAGACCACCAUCCAAGUCAGGGUACCGUACAGAGUUGUAGGACUUGUGGUAGGACCCAAAGGUGCUACAAUCAAGAGGAUUCAGCAACAGACCCACACUUACAUAGUCACUCCAAGCAGAGAUAAGGAGCCCGUUUUUGAGGUAACUGGAAUGCCUGAAAAUGUAGAUAGAGCACGGGAAGAAAUAGAAGCACACAUUGCCUUGCGCACUGGAAAUUACAUUGAAAUUAAUGAAGAAAAUGAUUUCCAUUACAAUGGUAAAGAUGUUGGCUUUGAAACAGCUGGUUUGGGGUCCAUGUGGAGUAACAGUCCAGCUCCCCCUGGUCACAAUCGAAUGAUAUCUAAUUACAGAAAUGACAGCUCUAGCUCUUUAGGAAGUGGUUCAACUGAUUCUUAUUUUGGAAAUGGAAGGUUGGCUGACUUCAGCCCAACAAGUCCAUUCAAUGCGGGUAGUUUCUGGUUUGGAGAGUCAUUGGCAACUGUGAGUCCUGAAGAUCUAGGAAUGGAUUCAUCUGCAUUUGAACCAAUCCCAGCUUCUUCUCAAGCCAUAUGGAGUCCUUUUGACACCGCUAGCUCAGUUUCUGGUUUUGGAAGUGAUCCAUCAAAUCCUUUAAAAACUCAUCACACAGAGAGUCAGCCUACCACUCCUCGUUUGUCACCUACUUUUCCUGAAACAAUUGAGCAUCCUCUUGCCAGGCGAGUGAGAAGUGAUCCGCUUAGUACAGGUAAUCAACCUGGCUUUCCAGUGUACAUCCCUGCCUUUUCCAAUGGUACCAAUAGCUACUCCUCAUCAAACGAUGGCUCCACUUCAAGUUCUCCUCCUGAUUCAGCUAGCUUCAGAGGGAGGCGUGAUUGUGUUAUAUGCUUUGAGAAUGAAGUUAUCGCUGCCCUUGUACCAUGUGGCCACAAUCUCUUCUGCAUGGAAUGCGCAAACAGAAUCUGUGAAAAGGAGACAUCAUUAUGUCCAGUGUGCCAGACUGUAGUAACUCAGGCAAUCCAAAUCCACUCUUAAAUGUUUUAAUUGUCAUAUAUUAGCUUGGGUCUGUAGAUAUGUUAUACAGAACUUCGUACCAAGUUAAGACUGUUAUUUUUGGACUUUCUGAGAAUUAGGCAGAAGUUGUGUGCCAUUUUAAUAAUUUAUUUUAAUGGCUGCUACAGAGAACCAAGCACAGUUUGGAACUAAGGUUUGUUGUACAAUGUGUAGAUCUGAAAGAAAAAAAAAAUAU